AAGUGUGUUGUGACUCACUGCUCACUGGUGCUUGCAGGCACGGUGACGGCCGCCAACGCCAGCACGCUGAAUGACGGCGCAGCCGCGCUGGUUCUCAUGACCGCAGAGGCUGCCAAGAGGCUCGGCGUGAAGCCACUGGCAAGAAUAGCAGCUUUUGCUGAUGCUGCUGUGGACCCUAUUGAUUUUCCAAUCGCACCUGCACAUGCUGUACCUAAGGUUCUUAAAGACGCAGGAUUAAAAAAAGAGGAUAUUACAAUGUGGGAAGUAAAUGAAGCCUUUAGUCUGGUGGUGCUAGCCAAUAUGAAGCUGCUGGAGCUGGACCCCCAGAAAGUGAACAUCAAUGGAGGCGCCGUCUCUCUGGGGCAUCCAAUCGGGAUGUCUGGAGCCCGGAUUGUCGUUCAUAUGGUUCACGCCUUGAAGCCAGGGCAAUAUGGUCUUGGCAGUAUCUGCAAUGGAGGAGGAGGGGCCUCGGCCAUGCUGGUGCAGAGGCUGUAGCCCAUCGUGUGUGUCCAGAGCAGCAACCCGAGGUGGCUGGGAGGUCCUGCCACCACCAGUGUGACGGACACCCCGGGUCAGGUUGUAACCGGAUCAUCUAUUUGGAUUUUUAUUUUCUUAACUUUUUAAAAUAAUAAGGUCACCUCUCAAAUCUUUGAAAUUACAAAUAAAUU